CAAAUCCAGCAGUGUAAAAAUGUCUCUUUCCAUUCGACUUUGCAUCCCACUCCAACGGAUCAGCGAGUGUGGUUUUUUAAAUUAUUAUUUAAAAACUGUUUCUUUUUCUUCUUAUUCUUCUUCGACGACUGCUAAAACAUUUCUGAAUCUGAAUCCAAAUUCAUCGAAAGAUUAGGGCUUUAAUUUCGCCCAGUCUCAAUGGACAAAAUCAGAAGAGCUUCGCAUGCAGGAUCUUGGUACACUGAUAACCCAAAAAAAUUAGCGGAAGAGCUUGAUGGAUGGAUCAGGGCGGCUGGUUUGGCUAAAUCUUCUGAUGUAAGAGGUGUAAUUGCUCCGCAUGCUGGUUAUUCAUAUUCAGGUCGUGCUGCUGCCUAUGCUUUUGGAAACAUAGAUCCAACAAACAUUUCUCGGGUAUUCCUUCUUGGUCCAUCUCACCAUUAUUACACUCCAAAAUGUGCUCUGUCAACAGCUACAGUUUACAAGACACCAAUAGGGGACCUACCUAUUGACUUGGAAGUCAUUGAAGAGCUGAAAGCUACAGGAAAAUUUGAAUUGAUGGAUCUUCGAGUUGAUGAAGCUGAGCAUAGCAUGGAAAUGCAUUUGCCUUAUAUUGCAAAAGUAUUUGACGGGCAUCCAGUGAAAGUUGUACCUAUUUUGGUUGGUGCUCUUAGCGCUGAAAAUGAAGCAAUGUAUGGAAAGUUGUUGGCCAAAUACGUAGAUGAUCCUCAUAAUUUCUUCUGUGUGUCAUCAGAUUUUUGUCACUGGGGUUCUCGGUUUAAUUACAUGCACUAUGACAAGAAGUAUGGGGCCAUACACAAAUCAAUUGAGGCCUUAGACAAGACGGGCAUGGAUAUAAUAGAAACAGGAGAUGCAGAUGCGUUCAAACAAUAUUUGUUGGAGUAUGACAAUACCAUCUGUGGACGCUAUCCAAUUAGUGUUUUCCUUCAUAUGCUGAGGAACAGCUCAACAAAAAUAAAGAUAAAAUUUCUCCGAUAUGAGCAAUCAAGUCAAUGCAAAACUAUGAGAGACAGUAGUGUAAGUUAUGCAUCUGCAGCAGCAAAGGUGGAUGCUUGAAGAUGUAAAAAAAGAAAGUAUUCUCACUGGAGUGAGAACUUCUGGCUAUUUAAACUCGUUUGAUUUGAAUGUAAUUUCUAACAUAAGUACAUGCAUUUGCAAGACCCAUUAAGUGGUGGCUUCCGUGUUCAUAGAUUAAGACUAAUAACGGUACUUGUUUCCUCAAAUUGUCGAUUCGCUUCUGUUUGUUUGACUGUGAAUUUGAUGUGGAUGCACUAUUUGGGCAAUGGCAUAGCUUACAUUUAGACAUGAUAAUAUGUGUAUUUGUACAUAUUUAGACAUUAUAAUUCGACUAUUUGUAUCAUGUUUUUCUUGUAUCAAAUAGUAUAAAAUAUAAAAAAAUUAUC